CGAGAGGCUAAGAAGAUUGGUCGAUGACAAUGCCAAGAGGGGAAAAGAAUAGUUGGAUACCACAGUAGUCAAUGCAACUACUCUCCUGUACAUACUUUCAAUUGAUUUUAUAACAAACAAUUUCAAACAUGAAAGAAGGAAUACUUGAAGUUCUUCUUGUAAAUGCUGAAGACAUUAGGCACACUAAUCUUAUUGGAACACCAGCCUACUAUGUUAUAUUACAAUGUGGAACUCAAGAAUACAGGAGCAAAGUGUCACCAGGUAAACAUGAAAAAGUAUUGUGGAAUGAGAAAUUCAAGUUCGAAUUUCCACAGUCCGAAUGGGAAAACUUCACUCAUAUUACCUUUAGAAUCAUGGACAAGGAAUUCUUCACAGACAAUGGAUUUGUUGGUAAAACCAUAAUUCACCUUGGUGGAAUAAUUACUGAGGGGACAGACAGAGAAUUUAUUGAAGUGAGACCAGCUCCCUACAAUGUAGUGCUUGAAGAUGACACUUACAAAGGACAGAUAAAGAUUGGGUUUAAAUUCAUCGCUCAUAAAGAAAUGCAGAAAGAGAUGCAAGAAUUUGCUCUGCUGCCUAAUGAACCUGGACGAUCAUUUUGUAGCUCCAUUAGGAAUCUAUGGAAAUUUCCAUGGUGGAAAAUUUUAUUUCUUUAUGUACAGAGGAAAUCCAAAAAUGAGCACAAGGAUAAUUAA